AUGUCGACGUUGAAUAUCACCGAACAUGUAACCGAGAUGCAGCUCCAAGGAGAGCCGCAGGUGGCACUGCCGAACCCCCGCUCCUUGCUCUCGAUUUCUCGUCAGCCUCAAAGCCUUUCCAUGACGAGUGUUACGGGACAUUUCACAGACAUGCGCCUCUCUAAAGAGCCGUCAUCAGUGCAACAAGCACCUCGAUCCCUACUUUCUAUCUCUUGGAUGCCUCAAAACCUUUCGAUGACUAGCGUUAUGGGCCAUUUUGACGACAUGCGACUAUUGGACAAGGCACCCAUCGCACCCCUUCAAUGCGAAGACACCGGGUUAUCCAGUUCUGAGGUUCAAAAGAAAUCUCCAACGCAACUUGUCCUUCGAUGUAGCAAGGCGGGGUAUCAGUGUGAUUGGCACUUCUUUUACCGAUAUGGGACACCUUGGUCUGUUCUCUCACGCAUUAUCUGGGGGCACCACCAUUUCUGUCCCAUGCCACCUCCUGAUUCGCAGCCCCAUCCAUCAACCACUUACUCUCCCAGAAAGACCCGUUUUAUGGCCAAGUCACGAACAUCUGACACCCAGAAAAAGGUGCGCGCAGCCAAGUCUAGCAAGAAGGAGUUGAAAGAAGGACCUGUCGAAGAUCCCGUACAAACCCUCCCGCGUCUUCGGCCUCUGUCUGUUUGUCCAAUAUUUCCAGAAUAUGAACUCCCCGGCAACCAGGAAAUAGACGAGAAUAUGGAUCCCCAGGAAGAAGAACGAAAAGCUAAGGAAUACGAGGCUCUAUUCCGGCCUCAUUGUGGUGGCCCGCCGUAUAUUCUGGAUGUAGGCGUGUACGAUACCGAGGACUGUUUUGAGGCUUCUCAUCAAAGCACGAGUACCGAUCCGAAGCUACUGAUACAGGAAUUCCCGUUGAGGCCAGCGAUUUGGUAA